GGAGGGCUAAUCACAUGGAGAGGGGAGGGAAUGGAGAUUGGCAGUUACUCAAUGGUCCCCCGUGAACUGCUGCAGCGAAGGACCAAAAGUUUUACUCCUUUUUUUGAUGGAGACAAGAGAACUUGUUCCAUCACCAGCUAUUUCCCUUUCAGCUUCCUCAAGUCAAGUUUCUCACCACUGCCUAUAAAAAUACCUAAUUCUGAGGACUUAUGUGUCCUCCCUGAAUGUUUUCCUUUUGGGGAGAGUUGGGAGAAAGUAAAAGACAAAUAGAAAGAAUUACUAGUAGAAGGCAGAGAGAAGUCAAUGUGGAGACCGUAACAGCAGAAUAUAUGUAGAGAAAGAAGCCAGGAUGAAAGGGGAGAGAAAGACCACAGAAAAUAAAAGCCCAAAGGAGUAAGAGGCGAGAGAGAGCAAAAGAUUUAUUGCUGAGAAAAGUUUGUCUGCUUAAGUCCUCCAGGUCAAGAAGACAGACUGACACAGAGCAUGGCAAGGAGGCAACAGACGUCGGCACUCUGCACCUGAUCCUGGAGAAGCCGUUCAGCCCCAUGGGAGUGCGAGCCCAGGCCGUGAUAGCCUCUGCCCUGGUGUACUGCAUCCAGCUUCCCCCGGCAAGAUGUGAGGAGAACUGCGUGAAUCCUGAACAUUGCAUGACCACAGAUUGGGUACAUCUCUGGUAUAUAUGGCUGCUGGUGGUCAUUGGGGCACUGCUUCUCCUGUGCGGCCUGACUUCCGCGUGCUUCCGCUGCUGUCUGAGCCACCAGCAAAAUGGGGAAGAUGAGGGCCGGCCUCCCUAUGAAGUGACAGUUAUAGCUUUCGACCAUGACAGCACUCUCCAGAGCACAAUCACUUCCCUGCAGUCAAUAUUUGGCCCUGCAGCUCGAAGAAUCCUGGCUGUGGCUCACUCGCACAGCCCCCUCAGCCAAUUGCCCUCCUCUUUGGACACCCUCCCAGGGUACGAAGAAGCUCUCCACAUGAGUCGCUUCACCGUGGCCAGGUGUGGACAGAAAGCACCUGACCUCCCCCCUGUGCCAGAGGAGAAGCAGCUGCCUCCAAUGGAUGAGUUUCCUCGGGUAGAACACCCUUCAAACUGAUGGCAACUCUGGUUUUAUAAAUGGGGUGGGGGGUUCUCCGCCUUUGCUAUAGACAGACAAAUUUAACUUUUUUUCCCCCCUAAUUUUUGGAAGAUUUAGGAUGACAACUAAACAUUAUUCAGUGAAAAGGAUGGGUUCCAACUCUUCAUUUCCAGCCACAUCUAUUUUCUAAGAUGGAAUUGCUCUAAUUGGAAACUCUUAUUCUUUAUUCAGUGGCCAAAGUUUGCAACUAAGCUCUAGCAAUGCUGAUUACUACUGAACCAAGAAAGCAUCAAUAGUAUCUUGAAUUCCUUUAGCAGUUGAGUUCCUUCACCCAUAGGAUACUGCAAGUGUUUUUUCCUCCUACCAGCUAUAGCACAAUAAUAGAUCGUAAUACACAAUAGUGUAGGCACAGCCACAGACAGGAAUGCACCAAAGUCAUGAAUUCUUCCUCUUGAGAAAACAUUCCCUUUUAUGCUGAGUGACAAUGAUACUCUUGGACAUUAUACAAUACCUUUGUGGACGUCCAUGAUCCAUCCUUACAGAUAUGGGCUAAGAGAACACAGUAUAGUAUCAAAGAGCCAAAUAAUCAAGGUCUUUCUUUCACUCUGGUCCUACCCACUAGCAGUGUGAGAAACCACAUAGGGGGCAGUGAGAGUUUCUAUUCAUUUUUCAGUUCCUCUGCCUAGAAAACACAUGUGUGUGCACGCACACACACGCACACGCGUGCAGGCUUGCGCAUGCACACGCAGUCUUUUCCUAAGUCUGAAAGAAUGGCAUUGUUUUGCUUUUCUCUUUAGUGACACUUUAGAGCGGGGUGGCCUUCACUGCCACCUAGUGGAAACAUGGUAGAAAUGGCUGUCCGUGCUGCUCUCCAGUCCCUAGAGCAACUGAGUUCUCGGAACUCAGCCUGGAGGGGAUCCUUCCCGGCCAGGACACAUUCCUGCUGUGUAGUGCUAAGCAUGUAGUGCUAAGUUGUGCACCCCAUGUAAUACUGGACAUACGAGGAUUUAAUGUAUUUUACUGGACAAUUGAGGAAGUGAUGUGUUGGGGAAAAAUGACUUGCCAGUGACCUUAGAUAAAUCACUUAUAAUCUCUAAAGCAGUUUUCCCACCUGUAAAACAGGAUUGUUGUGCAAAUCAAGUGAACUAAAUAUAAAUGACAAGAUUUGUAAAGUAUUAUGCACACGUAUUUGGUACUCUUACUAUUGACAUCGAAUUUUCCCCUUUCUGCUAAGAUUCUACUGAGUUUAGGUCUUAUUUUUCCUUUCGCCAGUUAGCCUGUUAUGUUAUCACUAAGUCGCACCGAAAGUCACAUUAUUUCAUCAAUAAAGAUUUGUCGAUAGAGGUUAA